UGAGGAAGUUGACAGCACUUCUCGACCCGACGCCAUUUUGAAAAGAUAUGUUAUUCAUUAUAGGUGGCAGUGGUGGUGGAAAUAGGAUAUCAAGUUCGUGUAUGCAGUUUUAGACUCGAGUCUGCAUGGUUGAGUUCCCUGACCAUCUGUGCUGUCAGUUACGGCAAGUUUUCGAGCAACUGGGAUUGUUCCCACCCCAGGCUACAUUUGCCCAUACAUUGAGCCCCGGAUAGACCACACAAAGUUAGAUGUUAGUCCUUGUCAUACUCUCCAUUUCAACUUGUGCUUUGGAUAAGAGCUUGGAUGGUCUUCAAGAAGGAUCUCUUGAGUAUAGGUUGUUGUUUGUUUGGACUGAGGAAAUAGCAUUCGGUGGACAUCCUUAACUUGCAUCUACAGUAAUUUCUGUGAUUGGAGCAGAUGGUUUUUCCUCAACUUUGGCAUUGGAACAGGUUUUCAUUGGCUAGUCUCAACAACAAUGGGGACAUACAUGGAGCAACCAAUUUUCAACACCAGGGCUCACGUCUUCCAGAUUGACCCGGUCACCAAGAAGAACUGGCUGCCGUCCAGCAAGCAGGCUGUCAACGUCUCGUUCUUCUACGAUAGCACCAGAAGUUCGUACCGGAUCAUCAGCGUAGAUGGAUCAAAGGCAAUCAUUAAUAGCACCAUGGUGCCCCAAAUGACCUUCACCAAGACGUCACAGAAGUUUGGCCAGUGGGCUGACAACCGAGCCAACACGGUCUAUGGAUUAGGCUUCUCCUCAGAGGCGGAGCUCAAUAAGUUUAUCGAGCAGUUUGACAGCAUCAAAGAAAAGAUGAAGGCCACCACCCAGGACAAGAAAGGCGGCGGGGACUCAGGUAUCACCGCUAACGGCACGGCACGGGCGAGCGUCGUCACCACAGGUGACCAGCCUUUAAUCAAGCACACAAAGGAGCGCUCAGCAGACAACACCCCCAUCUCUGCAGCACCUGCCAAUACGUCCAAUGACGCACAGGUCAGAUAUGAGAACGACAGGCUCAAGAUUGCCCUGGCUCAAAGUUCCAACAAUGCCAAGAAGUGGGAACUGGAACUGCAGACCCUGAAGAACAACAAUGCCCGUCUUACAACGGCACUGCAGGAGAGCACGGCCAACGUCGAGGAAUGGAAGAAACAGCUGUCGGCUUACAAAGAGGAAAAUGCCAGACUGAAACAGAAGCUGCAAGAAGCGCCCCAGGCUGGGCAAGGCGCCCCGGGGGUCACCAAGGACAGCCAAGACACCAGAGUAAAGGAACUGGAGGACAAAGUCCAAUCGCUCACCCGAGGCCUUGACAUGAAGACAAUGGAGUCUGAAGAAUUGACAAAGAGGUUGCAAGAGGUGUUGGAGAUGGAGGAAGAAGGCAGGAAACUGAGGCAAGAACUUCAGGAUUCUAAGGAGGCUCAGUCCACUCUUGAGAAGCGUGUGGAGGAGCUGCAGGACCGGCUGUCUCGGGAGCAGAGCGGACGACAGCACGACACGCACCGCGCCCAGCAACUCCACUCGCAGCUGGGGAACCUCAUACAAGACCUGAGCGGCUUGCACCAAGACAUGGCCGAAAUAUUGUAGGACGUGUCAGUCUCAACAACCUCAGCAAUCGUUCAUUAAAACUAAGUAAUCAGGGUACACAGAUAUUUGGCUGGGCUGGUUUUACCUGCCCGGGCCUACGUGUAUUUUUUAAAGUGCAUUGUUGUGUAAGAAAAUACAACUAUCAUUGAUACAUUGGUGCUUACUGUAGACUACUGCAAUGUCUAGAAUUAGACCACUUGUGGUGGUACACGUUUCAACCAAAAGGGUGUUACAAGUUGCUAAAAUUCACCUGCUUUUAAGUGUGAGAAUGUUAGUGUAGUGUCACAAUCCACUCUGAAAGAAACGAAAGAGGGCGUGUCUUUUGAUACUCACCGCAUAGGUGUGCGUUUAUAACGGAGAUCGAUGGCGCCUUUGACGCGGAGCACACCGAGUACGCUUUGAGUACGUGCAAAACACGUUCAAGAACCUGCUUGGAAAACUUACUACCAUCUGUCUUUCUUUUGCCGCUUGGGGGCGCACUUCAACUCGGGGCGGAUAGUAGCUGUACCACUGAUCUCUAUACACUGGAUAGGCAGUUCUGCUCUGGGAAUUGAAGCGACUUCGCGGCCAUCUUAGGCUAUUCAAUGCAGUGGCAUUUUCCAAGUCACCGGCUUUAGGGCCGUGCAUGAAUGCACCUAGUGAACAAACUGAAGUUGGAGUCCAUUGUACUGAAUAUCCUAAGAUGGCCACGUGGUCACGUCAAUGUACACAUGGGCAUUUACUGCUGAGCUGCCUAUCCAGUGUAUAGAGAUCAGUGGGCGGCAUCUACUCAUCAGAUUAAUAUUUCAGAAAGUCCCUCGAUUUUGGAACAAGGUUUCUAUCUAUGGUCAUGAAAAGUCCUGGGAAAAGGGUUGUACACUGCUCGAGAAAUUCAUGGAAGAGAUAUGGAAAUGAGGAAAGAGCAUGAUGUCAUGAAAUAUUGUUGUCAGAGGGAAAAAAAUGUGGUGGAAAAGAAGAUCAUGCAAGAGUUAUUUUUGAUGGGCCGUGGGCCACUUUUGAUAUGAAUUUACACACUAUAUCCUUGUUGGUCCAUAGCAGUGGCAAUGGCAGUCUUCCAGGUCAUAGCACCAAAUCAUUUUUCUCUGGAAAAUGGCAAACAAUUUCAUAGAAUUUGUCACAAGUCAGUCCUGGGAACUCCUUGGAAAGUCAUGGAAUUUGGUUUUCAGAUUUCUGCUGGAACCCUGUGGAAGUACCGUAGCAAUUUUAAUUUAAUUUAACCUCCAAGUACUCCGCAAAAUUUAACUAGUCAAAUGAGGGCAGUAGGUCUACGUGCGCAAAUUCAGCAAUUGUGAAUUUCAUCCCAGGCUUUAAAGCGGGAUCUUACGACAUAAAUUGAAGUUGCUUGUAUAAUAGCACAAGCUAGCGAAAAAAAACCCAACAAAUUUGCCAAAAGCUGCUGGACCUACUUUUUGCAUUGCUGGCCCUUUAAUCAAUCUUGAAACAUGGAAAAUAAUAAGUCUUGUUGGUUGCGCACGCUCAUAAUGCCCACAUUCAUCAGAAUACUAAAUUGAUUGAUGUAUAUCAAAAGAAAAGCUCAUUUUAUUUUUAAUCCUAUUACAGCUAGUGACAAACUAUCUGUUACCUGGUCUUGCUGAAAUAGUUAUCUAAGUGUUGGACAUCUUUGUUGCACUUCGUAGAUCUGCGCACCGAGGUACUCUGUACAUGCAUAGAUAUUUUCUUGUAGGUAAUUGAAUUCAGCAUGCUAUACCUGUACACUUAACAUUGCUUGAUUCUGUUUCAUUAUAAAACGUGAAGGGAUUGGGCAUUCCGGCCACGUAUGAAUUUCUCGGCUGCGGCUUUAAUUGACACGAUGUCAUGGUAAUGGCUACAACCACUUCCCAUAGGGCCGUGCGCAAUUGCAAGCCACUACCAAAUAAUUCGGACACAGCCUAAGACUCAUCUUGUUCAGCCAUGUCCGCUUUACUUGGCUACAGCUAAUGAGUAACACAUCCAUCGACGUGUAUGGAACUAGCCAGUGGCUAGCGGUGGCAUCCACUACCCACAGAUGUGUGAGCUGCUACCAGCUGCAAUCAGUUGAUUCAAAUGCAGACUAAAUUUCAAAAUCAGUCGCAGUUCAAGUUUCCCUGGAUAACCAAGCUAGAUAAAAGGGAUACAGAAUGGCAAAGCACAAGCGUUGUAGUCCUUUGCCAAGUAUUUCACAGAAUCGGAAAUACUGUUCAGGUUGCAGCACAUGUGUAAGUCGGCAUCUGGCCGCACUGAUAGGGCAGACGUCGUGUGCAUGGAUGGCUGUUUCUGAAUGACCUCACACGCGCUUCGUUUCAGGCGUGCUCUCUUUAUAGAAUACUGAACGAGUUCAUAAGGCCAAACUAUUGAAGCACUAGGUUGCCAAAUAAUUAACACAAGUCUUUUGCCACAGAGCUGAUAUGGUUGUUUUUUUCUUCAGAUAAUCGAACAAUUCUGAAAUAGCUUUUUGUUAAAAGUCAGACUGAAUCCCCAGUAUCAUGAUCGAAAGCACAACCACUUGGAACAUAUUGCCUAUUAUUUUCAAGCUCUAUUAAUCCCCACAACCUCAUAUUUUGACAUAUUUUUCACGUUAGAAAAUAGUACUCUCAUUUAACGACUAAUGACAUGGGUGCUUAUACAUGUACAUGCAUUGUCACUUUGGAUGGUCAAUUAUUAAGGAUAUCAAGGCAUCCAAGGAAAUCGACACGACAUUGACAAAAGGUGUAAUAUCUACCAAGGGGGAAUAACUUACAGAAAAUCUGGAAGAAUACCUGAGACUUUCCAGGAUUCCAGGACAUCUUGCAAACAGCCCUGCAAAGGGCUGGUUUUGUUUUGCUUUCAUUUUGCCUCAAGCUGUAGUCCCAUUAAUUAUCAAAACCUUUAUCAUGUUGCAACUUCAAAGAAUCCUGCUAUCAGUUCUCUUUACAAAUUUCCUUAACUUCCCAUUGUACCUAGAACUUGUUUACGAAGGAGGAUUUUACAGGGUUUUUACUUGAUAUACAUUGACACGUUAUCCAGAAGUGACAGUGGGAUGUACAGAAAGUUGCUGGGAACAAAUAACGCCGGGCAUUGUGUAUUUCAGUUAAAAUUUUCAUGUAAGCAUUUCAAGGUCCUUUCCAUAGAGAAUAUAUUUUGCUAUGGGAAUUUUUGGGAAAGAAGACGUUGUGAUUAAACAAAGGGUGCUCAUGAACCAUUCAGAAAACAGUAAAGAUUCCAGGUGAAAAAUCAUCCCAAAACCAAUCAUGUUAUUCCGCCUUCUGCAUCUUACAGCCUCUUGUGAAUUUUGUUUUGGGCUUGCGUGCAUAAUGUAUGUGAUAAUGUGCACAUUUUGUAUGUAGGUGUUGAUGUGCCCUUACUGUAUGCAGAAAUGUGCCUUGUGUUAACAUUUCGUUGUAAAUACUUCAUGUGUAAAUAUAAGCGGAAACCCUGCGCUUAUUUUCACCCACUCUGUUUGAAUUGCCCAAUGCUGCAUGACGUAUACAUGUAUGUAUGAAACCUUAGAUUGUUUCCGUGAAGGGGGAGCUUAGAUUCUAUUUUUGUAAAGCAGCUUUCACCUUGCAGUCUUUUGCCAUUUGAAACAAACACACAAUGGUUUACAGUUUGUGACUGUAAUAAAAGCAGGUCAGAUUUCAUGUAUUUGUAUAUGUAAUUUCAUCAGCUCGUCAGUUUCACCACGAAGUGACGUGUAGGGUAGUGUUGGUACCCCUAAAGUGACGUACCACCCGUGGACUUUGUACACACAAUGCGUCAGUUGUGACUUGCAUCUUGCCAGAGGCGGGAUAAAAUCAAAGGCUAUUUUUCUAUAUGAAUAUGUGGUAGGAAUAUACAGAGUAGCCUGAAAUCCCAACUGCAAAGUUUUCUCAACUUGUGGGUUAUUCUCCCUAACAAAUGAGCGAUCAUCUCUCCCAGGCCUGCAUGUUACCAUGGUUACAGGAUGUGCUGGCUUGUUGCUUACAAACCUGAUUUUUUUUCCCUUUUUUUUCUAGCUACCAAAGUAAAAGAUCCCAGCUGGUAUUACAUGUAUAUUGGAGCCUCCGGCACAAAAAUAACCGUAUGCCUGAUACCUACACCAGUUGCAACUUUACAGAGUUAUACAUGAAUAGCCUUCUGGAAUUUGUGCAAUUUUGUAUAUGUAUCGUAUGUCUUUCUAUUAAAUCCCUACUAACUUUUUGCUAGCCUUGUGUGGCACUAAUACCGAAGAAAUUACAAUGUGGGUUGCUUCCAUUACUGAAAGAAAAAUGAUUGCUUUCAUGAAUAUUUAUUCGAAUGCUAAAUGCUUGGCUAAUUAUACAUAUAACAAUAUGGUUAUAGUUUAGUUAUCUUUAUUGAUGGCAAAACUGCAUGAAGUCAGGAAAACUUAACGGAUGUAUUCUUUUUAUCAACAGAAUUUUUCCCAUGUUACGAGUAGAAAUAGAAAUUGUAAUCAAAAUUCAAUCAGAUACUUGAGUGGUAUACUGUCUUCAGGUCGGGGACCAAACCUAAAUCUAGCAACAAUGCCAGUCUGUGCAUACGCUGCUUGAUUAUGCACUGAUGAUGUAAUUUUUGAGCUAUUUUUAGAUCACAGUUCGCAGAUGACAUCGUUCUCUCCAUUGGCUGAAAAUCUCAAUACAAAUUGCUCUGAUUGAUCCAAUUUACAAAAAACAUGCUACACCAGAUCUAAAUGAAACUUUGCUCUCAUUUGUUAUCCCUAAAAUCAGAUCAAGGAGAUUUUCGGUCGAAUCUUGCACUGGAAGUGUUGAAUUUUUGUGGGUUGGCGAGUUCAAUUCUGCCAUAGCCAAAGAACACAAUUACACACAAAAUAAAGCUUUGCCGAAGCAUGAAAAUGUUUCCAUUAAAAUUCUCCAUCGAUUCACCGUGGCAAAUUUUGUUUACUGUGGCAAUUUCCAAAAUUGCGAUCAGAAACAAUUUUGCCAUAGACUUUUAUGGCAACAGUGGCUAUGUUGGCUGCUGGCAUUUCAAACCUCAUUACAUUCCCAAAAUUUUGCGUGAGAAUGACAUCAUUAUCACGUGAUCCUAAUUGAAAUGAUGUCAUUGCCGCUGAACAAGUGACAUGAGCAGAAACUAGGGAUGUCGCUAGAUUGUGGUUUGGUCCCCGACCUGGUGACACAUGAUUCUGUUGUGUUUUACUAUACAGAAUAUUUAAGCGAGGACAAGAAGUUAAAGAUUGGAAUAAAUCAUAUUUCUUAUGCUUGACAUGGCCCAACACUCACUGGAAAAUGAAGCAUCUGCAGUGCCUGUGUGUUUAUACCAGUAGCUAAUCUGCAUAUUGUAUAGCGUGUAACUUUUAUGUAAAUGGAGAACUUGUCAAUAAAACAGAAUUUUCAUAUAA